AGAAACUUAAAAUCUCCUCCUUAUCCCUUCCCAGAGUCUAUCAUCCACCGUCCUCUACGACUACAAAUCGCGCUAAAAAAAAAAGAAAACGAAAAACAAGGGCCACCGAAAAAAAUCGCCAGCCCCAGCGCAUCUUCUCCUUAUCCCCCGGCCGCCAGCGCCUCAGCGCUUCUUCUCCUCCUCCCCCGGCCAGCGCCGCCGUUCCACUUCCUCCGGCCGGCGCCCCCUUCCUCCUUCCCCGGCCAGCACGCGUUUCCCAGCCGACGCCCCUCCCUCUUCCGUGGGCUUGCAGGAUUUGGAUGAGGGAGAUCUCGGAGGCGAUGGCCCGGUCGAGCAAGGGCGACAGCGGGGCCAGCAGCGCGCUCCCCCUACCGAGCCGACGUCGUUCCCUCCGCCCCUCCUCCCGUCCUCCGACCGUCGCUUCCUUUGCUGUCGGCGGCUGCCAGUGGGGCGGAGCAGUGGCGGACAAGGGCGACGUGGAGGCGCAGGGCUCGGAGCGGCGGCGGAUUGUGGGGACCACGUCGCAGCGGAGCACUCGUGCACCAAUCGAAUCCAGAGGCCAUGUCGUCGUACUGUGAAGGACCUCACAAGUCACAUUGGUAGUACUUGCCUGCAACAGGAUCCAUGAGCGUACAAGUCCUCUAUGGAGUACUACAUCACUCUCUGAAUCCAAGCAGGUCUGAUUGGAGAAGAGUGGUCUACACAGCAUGUCUCUCCCUCUCUUAAGACUUGAUAGAUGAUACUACCAAGGAGUACUGCUGGCUGGUAUGACAGGAGCACGGGUUAGGGCAGUAGACCUCUCUCUUCAUGGGGAAAGCACAAAAUCGACCUAUUAUUUGGUCACAAUCUGGGAGAAGAGGAUGGCGGGCUUGGAUUCUUGGCGGGUGGAGUUCAAAACUUCAAAUAUUCAAAUAUUUUCGGCUACAACUAUAUAUAUUAUUUGCUUGGCACACUGCAUUAGCUGCCUCCUAGGCUCACUGUCAUCUUGUUCUAUAGCUCAUUCGAGGAUGGGGUCGUUGAAGCGUAAAAGAGUAGAAGCACUACCUGUUCCAACAUUCAGUGACGUACAUCCUAGGGGCAGUUGGAGUCUAGGUGUUCGAGUAUACCAUAAGUACCAUGUUGAGAGAUUUGCUCCUAGCAGGAAGAGGCUCAACUUGGUUCUAUUGGAUGAGCAGGUCAUGGUCUUGUAUAUAUUUUGAGCUUUGAUAUGUUACAGUGCAAUGAUUUCUGUAUGGCAUUUGACUUUAUCUAUUAUAAAUAGGGCACAAAGAUGGUAGCUAUCAUUUAUGAUGACCAAGUGGAUCGUUUAGAUCCCCUACUUCGAGAGGGUUCCGCAUAUUAUGUGUCGAGGAUGUCCAUAGAGCCAGCUAGUAUGAUUUUGUAUCAGUGGCUUGCAGACCAUGCUUUUGUGUGUGUUUUCACACGUGAUACUACUAUUACUGAGAUAGCAAACAUGCAUGAGAAGAUAUUACCAUUACUCCCUCCGCUUAUGCCACUUGAUCAAGUUUUCGAGUUUACUUACCAUAAUGACAUUUAUGUUGAUGUUAUUGGAAUGGUCAUCUUUGUAAGCUCUAUAGGCUUUGUGGAAGGCUACAAGAAGAGGAUCCCAUAUAGGAAUAUUCUUAUAAUUGAUGGCAGUUUCAAACCUGUGAUGUUAGUUAUUAAGGAUAAAAUGCUUACCGACCAUUUAACUAAAUGGGCGAGAUGCUCUAAUGAGCAACCUAUCAUUGUAGCAACAAUGCGUAGAGCAAAGCGUGAAGAAGACCAUAGCCUGCACACUACAUGCUUCAGUAGGGUGCAGUUUGAUCCUAAUGUUGCAGUUGCACGUGAAUUAAGGAAGAGCCUCAGUAUGGAGCUUACUGGGAAGUCUUCUCCAUGAUACAUGAAGGGAGAUGGGAAGUGCAUCCGUAUCUUUUGGGGAUUAUUUCUAGCUAUAUGCUUGCUGGAAGUAUAAGAUCCCGUUCGGUGGAAGCUAUUUAUAGCAAUGAUGCUUGCUAGAAGUAGGUGGUAAUCUUGCUAGAAGUAGCAUGUUUGCUAGAUGAUGGUCAAUGCUCUGUUGCAUUGGUGUUGUAACUGUAUUAUGGGACCAUUUCGUGGUGACACAUGUAUGCCUCGCUGUAGCGGUUUACAUGACAUCUAGCUAUUAUUGUACGUUGCCC